GAUAAAACUAUCUAUAAUAUAUAGUAAGAUAGUUUCAAAAUGGCCGCGAUUUGUUUUGUAAAUGUUAACGCGCGAAAUGUAUUAUUCAAAGGCCAACCGAUAUAAACAAUAUAUUUGCAUUUAUUUGUUGUAAAUAAUGUACGUAAACAUCCAAUAAUGGCUGAAAAAAAGAAAAAUGCAGCGUGGGCUGAUUGUUGCGAAGAUUGGGGAGGAUACAUGGCAGCAAAAAAAGCCAAGUUAGAAGAACAGUUCCAAGAAGCUGCUCAAAGUGAAUUUUCAAAUGCGUCAACCCUUUUUAAUGGCAUAGCAAUUUUUGUCAACGGAUACACAAAUCCAACUGCAGAUGAGUUAAAACGUUUGAUGAUGGCUCACGGAGGCAUUUAUCAUCACUAUCUGAGAUCACAGACUACAACUCACAUGAUAGCUUCUAAUUUGCCUUACUCCAAAAUUGUUGCUUACCGUAAAGCAAAAAAUCCUCUUCCUCUUUGCAAACCAGAGUGGAUCACGGAUAGUAUUAAAGCAGGAAAAGUAUUAGACUUCAGAAACUACUUGUUGUAUUCUCAGUGCACCAAAACACAGCCAUCAAUUUUUGCACAAAUGACAAAACAAAAUAAAUCAUCAGAAGCAUCGCGACCAGAAUCAGCAUCUGAUAUUUUGUCAAAUGCUACAAAAUCUAAUGUAGCAGUCGACUCAAAAUCUGAAGUCAAAGUUGCUGAAAAGAUGUCUGAACCAAAAGUACAGACUUCUUCAAGUUCUGAAGCUCCUUCAGUCAUUGCCAAUUGCACUAAAAAUCCUGAAUUCCUGACAGACUUUUAUAACAACUCACGAUUGCAUCACAUUGCAACAAUGGGUGCAAUGUUCAAGGAAUACAUUAAUGAUUUAAGGGAUAAAAGUGAUGGAAAAUUUCCAGGUCUAGAUGCUUUAAAGCAUCAAUCCUAUGUCAAUAAUUGUAAAGCUGGUCCAUCAAAUAAAGUUGAUGAUUCUGAUUCGGACGAAGAUUUGUUUGCAACUGAUGAAAGUCCUGCUAUGAACUUAAACAUUUCGUCUUCAGCACAAAAAAGUCAAAUCAUCAUGCACAUAGAUAUGGACUGUUUCUUUGUAUCAGUAGGCCUUAGAAAUCAUCCAGAGUUGAGAGGUUUUCCUAUUGCAGUAGCUCAUGCCAAAGGCAAUAAACAAAACGAUCCAAGUGAAUAUGGUUCCAUGUCAGAAGUUGCUUCUUGCUCUUAUGAGGCGAGAAAAGCAGGAGUAAAAAAUGGAAUGCUUUUAGGCAAAGCCUUGAAGCUUUGCCCUAAUCUGAAAACUAUUAGAUACGAUUUUGAUGGGUACAAAGAAGUCUCAUAUACUUUGUAUGAUACACUUGCUUCCUACACUCUUGACAUCGAAGCUGUUAGUUGUGAUGAAAUGUAUGCAGAUUGUACAAAAAUUCUUAAAGUUUCUGGUCUAACUCCUUUAGAGUUUGCUACAAUAAUUAGAAAUGAAAUAAAAAAGAAAACAGGUUGUCCUGUUUCCACUGGAUUUGGGGAAAAUAAACUGCAAGCUAGAUUGGCCACCAAAAAAGCAAAACCUGAUGGUCAAUGCUACUUAAAGGGUGAUAGCAUUAGGUCCUUUAUCAGGACUCUGAAAGUGAGAGAUUUACCAGGUGUUGGAUGGUCUACUAGUGAGAAAUUGCAAAAAAUGAAUGUUGAAACUUGUGCUGAUUUAGAAACUAUAUCCUUGUAUGAGUUACAAAAAGAGUUUGGUAAAAAGAAUGGGCAGCAGUUACAUGACAUGUGCCGUGGAAUUGAUCAAGCUAAAUUAAAUUUAGAGCACGUGAGAAAAUCGGUCUCUGCUGAGGUGAAUUAUGGAAUACGAUUUGAAAACGCAGAAGCAGCACAUGAAUUUUUGAAAAAAUUGAGUAUGAAGAUCAGUGAUAGAUUAAAAAAAAUCAACUCAAAAGGAAAAUGUAUUACAUUGAAAGUGAUGUUUCGAGCAAAAGAGGCGCCUAAUGAGCCACUUAAGUUUAUGGGUCAUGGUCUUUGCGACGCUUAUAAUAAGUCGAAAAAUCUCAUUGCACCUACUGAUGACUCUGUUAUAAUUACAAGAGAAGCCAUAGCUCUUUGGAAUCAAUUUAGUGAAAGUCCUCAAGAUGCAAGAGGCAUUGGAAUUCAAAUUACAAAAUUGGAAUCUUUGAAGUCCAAAACAGCUGGAUCUACAAUUUUGAAAUUUAUAGACAGAAUGAAAGCUCCAGUAAAAAAAUUAAGUGAAACCGACUGUCUUACAAGUUCUGAUACCAGAGAACAACAAAACAAUCACAAAGAAAUGAGUGUUCCAAAUACAAAUACAAAUAAUGAAAUAAGUGUACAUAAUAAUAAAUUAGAUACAAAUAAUGAAAAUGAAAUUACCUUGAGUUUAGAGAAUCAGCUACUCUCAGAAGAUAUAAAGAUUGACUGUCAUCAAUCAAACACAGUACCAAAAUCAGAUUCCAGUGAAAAGAACGCUAAUGAUAAUCCUUUCAAGGUGACGCAUAUGAAUGAGACGCCUUCAAGUUCAAAAAAUAAACUUGUUUCCACACAAAUAAACGUUGGUGCUUCAAAUGCCACCAAUUUACCAAAGAAAGAUACAUCUUUGAUAAGUUCCAGUCAAUCCAAGCAAAAAACGCAACCUGAUUAUUUUAAACAGACGAAGCCUUUCUCAGCUAACAGAUCAGCGAAAAUAAAAGUGCCAGACAUUCAAGAAAUCGAUAUGAACGUUUUAGUUGAAUUACCAGAAGAUAUUCGAAACGAGAUUCUCAAUGAGUAUAAACAAAAUAAAAACAAUGAAAAACCAAGCACAAGUCCUAUGCAUAAAACUCAGAAAGACAACAGUCAUAAUAAAAAUACCAUAAGUAUUAACAACAGGUUAGAAGAAAAUUUGUCUUUUUCGCAAAUUGAUCCAGAAUUUCUAGCAGCUUUGCCAGAAGAAAUGAAAAAUGAAGUGAAAUCUUAUUGCAACGCUAAAAAGAACGUUAAAAAAGUUACACCUACUAAUAACAUUGUAAAUAAGGCUUGGGGUAUGUUUAAAACUGAAAAGCAACCACAGAAAAGUACGAAAUCUAAAGCUGGUAAGCUGAAGGUAACGAAAGGCGCAGGAAAGAAAGAAACUAAAAGCAAUGCUUCUUCUACAAAUGAUAAGAAAGUAAACGAGAAAGGUGUGACCUCUAACAAUAACAAAAUGCAAGAAAUUAAUCAAAAUCCACAAGCUGAAGAACCCCCAGGCAUUUCUGCAGCAAGAAGGAGUUUUCAUUUCGACCCAGCAAAUGGGAAUGAAGAGCAUUCCGAAAUUUUAUCUAGCUUAGUAAAUUGUCUUCUUGAUCUUCCAAUAAUUCAGGUAAAGUUGCAAAUGCAGCAGUGGAUUGUCAACAAUUCCGAUGUUAAUGACGUCGACUUUCUGUCUCUUACGACUUAUCUUGGAACCUUGCCUCGCAAAGGGCGUUUAUUAGACCUGCAUUGUCUUUUAAAUUGCUUACACAGGUGUGUUGUAAAAUCAGAAAGUUGCAUUUGGCACAGCACCUAUGAAAAAAUGUUAAAGCAUAUUCAGGCUCGUGUGCGCCAGUACUGCGGAUACAAUAUAUGGACGAAAAAAAUUGACUGUGAUAAAUGUAAAACCAAUGAAGUGUGAUAUUAUAAUUUAUAGAACAGCGUGGCUAAAAUCCGCUGUUAAGUCACGCCUAUCUGUGACUAAAUCAGUCCUUCUUUGCACCGUGAGGUUAGCGCACAAGCGUAGCGAGUAAGGACUACUUUAGUCACGAAUAGGCAAGACUUGCGGAUUUUAGCAGUCUGUGCUAUAAAAUUUUAUACGAUACUCUUGACUUAAAUGGUUCAGUUUUACACGGCGCUAUGCGACGUGUAAAAAAGAAACAUUUCAGUCACACGUAUCGUAAUGUACUAUUCUAAUGCCAACUAUAUCCUGUAAAUAAAUAUUUUUAUAUUAAGUACAUCGCAAGCAUUCUAAAUUGUGGAGGGAAAAUUAAUUACACCACAUAAUAUAGACGGAAUUUUAUUUAUUUUAAAUGAAAUCACAAUGCCCGCGCAAAUUAUUUUUGCGUAUCACGUAUGAAGUCUUCGCUUGCUCUCUUUGUAUGUGUAUGUGUUUGUGUCUUUUAAACACUACUAUGUAUUCCAUUCUUUAUCAUCUAAUCAAAUCUUUAUUAUAUGUAUAUUAACGUCAAUUACUGUUUGUCUGUUUGUUAUGUACGUAUGCAAGUAUCAUGGAUGAAUUUACAUGGUAUAUAAAAUCGUAUACUCCGCAAGGAUAUACAGUAAAAAAAAUUAAA